AUGCGUCCAACUCCACUUCCAAAGUGCCUGCUGCAGGUAGCAGCAUAUGGUAUUGCACUCGUUCCUUUCGUCAACGCACAAGCCACAACUAUUUAUUCAACUGUCACUCGUUAUAGAAUAUCGGUUGUACCACAAUAUACAACUUAUACUGAUGUCUCUUAUUCAAUCCUUACGUAUACUGCACCACCAUCGAUUCACACCGAAUAUGUUACCGCUACAGAAGUUAAGCGCAGAACGACGACUAUUUUUGAUGGGACAACAACUGUGAUAGAACCGGCUUCUACUGUAUAUGGUGAGUAUAUUCAUAUGCUUUGAUGAAAGGUGGAAUUCUUUCUAAUGAUGAUCAGCCUCCGAAUGCUCUAGUACACAGUCUUCUUCUGCAGCCCCCUCAUCGGAUAUUUUUAGUAGCUCGACCACCGCAUCUUCCGAAUUUGCAUCUUCUUCUGCAGCCUUUUCAUCCGCAAUUUUUAGCAGCUCGACCACUAUAUCCUCUGAAUUUGCUUCUUCUUCCGGGUUCACCAUUCCACCCGUAAAUAGUUUCGUUUCUGGGUCUUCGACUACCAUUGAAGAAAUAUCAACAACGGUCGAGUUGCCUACUAUGACUACUGAGCCUACAGAGACAGGAGUUGUUACUACUGAGGAACCAGGAGCUACGACUCAGCCUCCUUCCGAACCAACUCGUGUUUCAUCCGCCGUUACACCAGCUGGUACUUAUAAUCCAGUAGAGUGUUAUCCGGAUGAUGAGGCCAAUGGCUUUCCAUUGGCCCCACCUAUUACUGAGAGUGUCAAUCCAAAUGACUAUGAUACAAUCGAAGACUGUGUCGUAUUCUGCUCAACAGCUAAUGCAGGGGGCCCAUUCAGAUAUGCUGGAAUUGAGCCAGGACACUGUUAUUGCUCGAACGGAUUGCUUGAUGCAGAACCAGCCGCUAAUUGCUCUUACCCAUGCCCAGGGAAUCCGACCCAAGUAUGUGGAGGAAGUCCUGCCCAACCACCGUCCCGACCCAGAAGACUCAGAAAACGUGCGGUCGGAACAGCGAUCAUUAUUUAUGAACUGGACGGAUUUGUUUCACCAACCUCAGCUGCUGUUACAGAUAUCAGUUCGACUGAAGUACCCGCAGCAACCUCCACAGAAACUAUCGUUACGGAAGGACCAGGGGCUAGCUCUACAACCGAAAUCAUCGUCACCGAGGUACCAAGUCCUACAUCGACAGAAAUCAUCGUUACGGAGGGACCGAGUGCUAGCUCUACAACCGAAAUCAUUGCCACUGAGGAGCCUGUGGCUACUUCCACUGGGAUUUUUACCAUUGAGCCAAUAUCCGUUAGUUCUACAACGGAGAUCGUUGUAACUGAGGAACCUACUACUUCAACAGAAAUUAUUCCUACUGAGACUCUCGGAGCUUCGUCAACGAGCGAAAUUAUCGUUACUGAGCAACCCGGGGUUACUUCCACAGAAAUUACUCCUACUGAGACUCUAGGAGCUUCGUCAAUGAGUGAAGUCAUUGCCACCGAGGAACCUGCUACUUCCACGGAAAUUAUCCCUACUGAGACUCUAGGAGCUUCGUCAACGAGUGAAGUCAUUGCAACUGAGGAACCAAGUACAUCUACCACAGGGGAAGCAAUUGGAUCUAACACUGGCAGCAGUACAACUUUUGAAGUCGUAAGUACUCAGGAACCAGGAGCGACUAGCACUUCGGAAGCUUUUGUCAGCACAGGUGAGCCCGGAGUAACAAGUACCGAGGUAGUAAACACCGAAGAGCCUGCAGCGACCAUCACUUCGGAAGUUAUUAACACUGAAGGAUCAUCAGCUACGAGUACGUCAGAGGAACUAGGAGUCACUAGCACUUCGGAAGUUAUUAACACCGAAGUACCGGGAGCUACGAGUACCUCGGAAGUCAUUACUACCGAAGAUCCAGGGGCUACAGCAACUUCUGAAGUCGUAAACACUGAAGAGCCAGGGGCUACUAGCACCUCAGAACUUGUUGUGAGCACUAGGGAACCAGGAGCCACCACAACCUCGGAAGGUCCUGUCAGCACCAUGGAACCAGGGGUAACUCCGACGUCAGAGAUAGUGAUAAGUGAAGGACCUGGUGCGACAACCUCAGGGGUUUUGACUAGUGAAGGACCAGGAGCGACUACCACUUCCGAGGUUGUAAAUACCGAAGAACCCGGAGUAAGCACCACUUCUAAAUUUGCUUCUUCUUCCGGAUUCACUAUUCCAUCUGUCAAUAGUGCGGUAUCUAGCAGCAGCACGACUAUUGAAACACCAGAAUCUACUACUGAAGCUGUUUUGACUACAGGCUUAGAGGCUACAACGACAGGCCCCGCUCUCACGACUGAGCCAGGAGCUGAGUCUACAGGUCUUGCUUCCACAACAGAAAUACCAGAAAUUACUACUAGUAUUGAAGUAACUCCUGGCUCUCCAACAUCUACUUCCGAGAGUGGAGAAGUUGGGGAGGCAACCACUAGUGCUUUGGCAUCUAGUACUGAAUUUGAGGUAACUACUGGAUCUCCAACAUCUACUUCCGAAGGUGGAGAAGUUGGAGAGACGACUACUAGUGCUUUGGCAUCUAGCACUCAGAGUGGAGAGUUCCAAGAGACUUCAACUGUUAUCCUAUCGACUAAAUCUCCUGAAGAAUCUUCCACUGGAAUUCCUCCCGUCAAUAGUGUGGUUUCUGGAUCUACAACCGCAACUUUCGUUGCUGUAACAUCGACCUUCGUACAACCGUCAUCCACAAGCUCCUUUCCAGCAUCCACAUCUAGCCCUGGUCCUUCAUAUGCUUAUGUCUGUGCAGGUGCUCCAAGUCUGUUCAAUGUAGUUAUUGAUGCGCCGGGCAAGCCAAAGCAAUAUCUAUCUCAACGUAACUUUCCAGACGCUGGAACUUCCGAGAGUUUAUGGGGCUACGAUACAUUGCCUGUUGUAACAUCAGACUCACAAGCUGCCGCUUUCAGCAUUGGAUUUGGCAACGCUUUUCAUGGCAAAUUACAAUCGACUGGUGAACAAAUUACUGGUGCUGUUCGACUGACCGCUUUAGGAGCUCCUCUUCAACUAUUUACUGCGGCCCAUAUUUCUGAUAGUAUGAGAGUAUAUUCUGCCACUGUUGGUUCAGAUUGUUCACUUGGUUUCGAUAUUGCAAACACAGGCGCCAAUAUUUUGGCUGACUGUAGUGGCGUAUUUACCAUUUUGACGCCAGCUACGCAAAUUCAAAGAGGAAGUGGAUGUACCCAAGUUCGGGCUUUUGCUGUUGCAGUUCAACCACCUUCUUCAACAUUGUCAACGGCUAUUGCUCCAACUACUGGAUCAAGUACAGAAUUAAUCAGUACAGGUACUGAAGUUCCCUCUGGGACAGUUGGCUUGGUAACAAGCACUUCAACUUUCUCACCUAUUGCAUCUUCAACCACAAUCGCUGGAUGUCCUGUCGCUCCAUUCUUCAAGAUUCUUGUGAAUCAAACAGGUAUGCCACCACAAUAUCUAUGGGAUCCAGUUCCAUUCGGUGAUGAUGCUUUAUCAUUCACCACUGAUAAGGCAAAAAGCUUGACCUUCUCGUUGUCCCCUACUACUGGUCAACUUCAAUUUAAUAUUAUUGAUUUCUUUGGAAAUCCUGUCUUAUUGGCAUCUAAUCAAGAUUUGCACAAUCCAGGAAAUGAGGCGAUCUUUUUCUCUACUGCAACUAAAUUUCAGCAACUUGGAUAUCAACCAGUUGUUGCAACUAUUAAUUCAGAUUGCUCUAUCGGUUUGACCUUACCAUACAAUGCUGCAAAUAUCAUCCAAGCUUGUUAUGGCUCGUUAUACUUGAUGUUGUCACCUGGAGUUGGUUGUGUUACGGUGUCAUUAUUAAUGCUACCAUUUGAUUCUUCCGCAACCACCUCUGCCAUUUCAUCGACCAGUUCUUUUUUAGUCUAAGUUCGGCGAGUCUGGAAAGCCCCUCCGUUACUUCAGCAGAAGUCACUCCUUCUUUUUCAUCAGUUGAGCUUUCCAGCGGAUUGCUAGCUACCAGCUCGCCAGUCUUCACGAACACACCGUCCGGGGUGGCCAGUUCGUCUUACUUUGUAUCAUAUUCAUCUUUUGGACAGUCAUUCAUUACUUCUCAAGGAACCGCUGCUUCGUCAACAGCCAGUUCUUUCAAUGCUUAUUCAUCAUUGGAAACGCCUAGCAAUUUUACCACAAUUCCUUCCUCUACUGUUAGUUACUCGUUCCCGACAAUUACCUCAGAGUCAUUCUCUCAAUCUCAAUCAUUCAUUUUGUCGACUUUCUCUGGGCAAGAAUCAGAAGUACCUUCGUCCACUUUCGAUACCGUUUCUUUAUCUGCUAUACCUUCGUCUAUCGUUCAAAGCUCGAUUUCAGCAGUUCUUUCAUCAUAUGAAUCUAGCUUGGCAUCAUUCUCAUCCGCCCAAUCUUCUGGAUUCAUGACUAGCUUCUCCACCACUUCAUUUUUGACAUUGGAAUCUUCGUCUCUUUUUGAAUUUACGUCCACUUUUGAUCCAUCGUCCUUGCCAGAACAAACUUCUGUGCCUGGAUCCACAUCUUCGUCGACACAACCGACUUUGCUUGAAAUCUCUUCUACUUUCGAACAAUCAUCUUUGCCUCAAAUCACAAGUACUUCCGAAUUGCCCGAAACAACAUCUGUACAGGUAUCUUUGACUGAGGUCCAGCCUAGCUAUUCGAGUUUCUCUGUCGGAAAUACCGUUUCGCUGACUGUGGGUUUCCCAACAAGCUCAGAGAUUGUUUCUGAGCCGCAAGGAACAAUAACUUCUGGUUUUGAAGCUCCAUCGUCUAUUUUGUCUUCAUCAUUGGGAAGCUCUACUCCAUUGUCUAGUGAAAUAUUAUCAACCUCGGCAGGAAUUAUAUCCUCGAUUACCGAAAGCCUAUCAAACUUUGGCCCAGAGUCUUCAACAGGAAUCGUUUCAAACUUUAAGUCCAGUUCUCUGAGCAGUCAACCAUUAUUUUCUUCGGUUGAAUUAUCUGGGUCUUCAAUCAUAUCCCAGAUCCUCUCUACGAGUACUAAUGUUGUUUCUCAAAGUGAGAGUACUUUCCCAUCCGAAACUGGCACAAUCAUUCAAUCGUCUGUAGCUGCCAGUAGCACGGCUAUUCUUUCGUCUUUGGCAUUAUCAGCAGCUCCAUCAAGCAGUGUUGCUUCAAGUACAAUCCAGGAAUCCAGUGCUGUUCUAUCUGCCACCUCAAUAAAAACCUUGACCGAGUCCUCAUCUCUAAGCUUGGAAACCUCCCUUGGUGCUACGAGUACUUCGGUAGAGUCACCAAGUCAAUCAUUUCAAGCCUCCACCAAUCUUGGAUCGAUAAUUUCUACAGAGACUUUCAUUAGUACGACUGUAGCUGUUCAAUCAAGUAUCGAAUCAACACUUGGAGCUCCAAGCAGUUCCGCAGGAUCGUCAAGUCAAUCUUUUGAGACCUCAAGCAAUAUUGAAUCGAGUUUACCUACACAGACAUUCGUUGGCACAUCCGUCUCUGUUGAAUCAAGCUUUUCGUUUAUUGAAACCAGCAGUGGUAUUCCGCCUGUUAACAAUGUAGUAUCUGGAAGUACCACUACAAGUACUUUCGAUAUCCAAUCCACGGGUGAAAUCACUAGUGGUCUGGAGUUCAUUGUUUCUACGACUAGCUCAAUUGAAUCUAGCCUCUUCGAAGGUCCUAGUAGUACUCUUGUAAUAGUUCCAGCAUCCACAGGUCCUGAGUUCAUCAGCUCAACGCAGGUAUCAGAAAUUAUAUCAGAGAGUGCCAGCCUUUCGUUUUCAAGCAGUAUUGGUUCUAUUGUGUCUACGAUAGGUUCAAUUGAACCAACAUUAUCGGAGGCUACUAGCAAUACCUUAGCUCCUAUUGAAACAUCAACUGGCAUUGAACCUGGCACCUCGACACAGGUUUCGGAGAUUUUCAGCCUCGAAUCCACGAGCAGCAUUGGAUCUUUUGUUCCCACCUUAACUUCAGCUGGCACAAUUUUUACUUCAAUCGAACCUAGCUCAUCUGGGGUCUUUAGUAAUUCGGCUGGCGCUGCUGAAACAAGCACGGGAAUUGCUCAAUCAAUACAACUGUCAGAAACUUCAAAUAUUAUAUCCACAUCUCCUGGUUCUUUUGAAACAUCAAUCUUAGAAUCAAGUGUUGGAAGUACUGCUCAAAUCACCCUUGAAUCUAGUUUGGUCCAACCCACCACUUUACCUGCUUCAACCAGCGAGCCUUUAUUCUAUACGAUCAGUAUCGUCCCAUUAUCCAGCUCGAUUGAAAUAGUUAGCACAUUGGAGUCCUUGAGUCUAGAGCCAUCAAUCAUAGUGACGAUCAGCUUACCAGCUAUCACAAGCGAAGUCAUUUCUGAAACUUUGAUCCUCUCCAGGACAAUUGAAGUUGUCACAGAAUCAUCCACCUUGGAGCCAUCUUCCUUCUCGGAGGCGGCUAGUGCACCUGCAUCUUCCACAUCAGGUAUCUCCAUAGUACCUUCAACGACAAUUGAAUCAGUUGGAAUAGAGCUUUCUACUACGGAACUGUCAUCAACAAUUCCUAGCAGCUCAGAAUUCCUUUCUGAAACGGCUAAUUCUGCCUCCGCAAGCCUUACAGGUACCGAUCUAACUUUUGGUAAUGGUAUUGGGCAAAGUGGUAGCAUAUACACAUCUAUUACUAGCUCUGUAUUUGCGAGUUUGACCAUGAGCCCUGUUCUGAGCACAGGGGGCAUAGUUUCAAAUACUGGUGUGGAAACAUCCAAUGUUGUUGAGACAUCGACUGUUGCCCAGAUAUCCAAUCCGAUUGAAACAAUAAGUCCUAUUCAGACAUCCAAUGGGGAGCAGACGAGCAUCCUCCUGGAAACAUCCACUAGUGCCGGUUCGUUUGAACUCACGUCGACGUUGCAGGGCGCUUCUUCCGUAGUUAUUGAAACGACCAAUAUUGUUUCUACACCACUGACUAGUGUAUUUCCGUCUAGCCUAGUCUCUGAAGCACUUGGUAGCACUUCUCUGCCAUCUUUGGAAUCUCAAUCAGUCGAAACAUCGACCAAAGCCAUAGGUUCCGGUACUACUGAACCUUCUAGCAUAAUAACUUCACUCGUGGUUAGCACUGUAUUGGAGAUUAGCACAUUCAUAUCUCUCCCAACCUCAUCAACGGUUGAAAGUGGUACUAGUACUUCAUCAGCUGUAAAUAGUGCUUUGGAGACCUCGAUCGUUCAAUCUAUGGGAGAGAUCAGUACAUCCGGAUUGCCUGAAAUCCCAAGCAGUAUUAUCGAAUCUUCGAUUAUAUCUCUAUCCAUACAGACGACGACCAUUGGCAUCGUCACAGAUACUAUCCCAUUACAGUCGGGACCGGCUUCAUCUUUCACUAACUUAUUGAGCUUGAGUGGUUCUUCCGCAGCGUUAACCAGCCUUCCCUCCGAAGCUACUAUUGGACCAAUAUCAGAGUCAACCGGAGUACCUAGUAGUGUUGGUGGAUCUCUGACGGCAUCUCUUUCCAUAUCUUUGGAAAUAUCCAGUACUCAACUUCCAUCUGUUGCUUCCACAGACUUUGGAACACAGUUUUCAACCAUUGGACCUGAAUCCUCGGUGAUUUUGAUAGUUUCAAGUACCACCGUCAUUUCUGAAAUAGGCAGUAUCAGCUCAUCGGCUAUACUUGUCAGUGAAAUUACUUCCCUUGCAAGUAUUGAGGCCUCUUCCUCCGGUGAAUUCACGGCUAUUCCGACCAGUAUAAUAUCUACUCCAGGUCCACUGUUGACGUCAUCAAUACUUGCAAGCACCAGUGAAUCUUUGUCAACAGGUGAACUAUCAAGUCUUGCAUCUUCUUCGGCAUCAUCCUUUUUGGAAGUUAGUGCGACAUCAACACGAACUUCUGCUGCAUCAUCAAGUCCAUCAGGUUUCUGCGUUGAAGGAACUGGAUCUAGCUCCCAAGAUAACUCAGACCUAUGCGAAUUUACUUGCAAUUUUGGAGUGUGUACCGAUCCAUGUACGUGUACUGCAUAUGCAGUCUCAGCAAUCGCACCUCCACCUGAGACUAGUGCUCGUGGGUAUGCUCUUGCUGGGUUUGAUGCCGAACUUUAUGAUCCUCUUUGCGAUUUUGCUUGUAGCCAUGGGUAUUGUCCCCCAGAGACUUGUACUUAUAAUGCAGAUGGCUCUCCUAUUUCGUCUGCUUCCAUUUCAGCGACUGCGUUCUCCAUUUCAUUGGCCCUUGAAAGCGGUUCCACCUUGCCGGCAAUACCGUCAACUUCGAUCGAAUUCUCGGAAUCCGAACCUGUAUCUUCACUUCAGCCACCAUCAACUUUUGUUGGAUCUAGUACUGCCAUUUCACCUGUCAGCAACGCGGUAUCUGGUAGUGGGGCCUCGAGUACUUUCGAGUCCCAAUUCACUAGUGCUUUUGAAUCCCCUGUGAUCUCAAUAAGUUCUGCGACUGAGAUAUCGAGUAAUAAAGUUGGUUCUUCCACCGUUUUCGGUGCUUCAAAUACUCUUCUAAUUUCAGUUUCAUCGGAAGCGGCCAGUACCAUUGUCCAAUCAUCACUAGCUUCCGAGCUCUCAAGUAAUAUUGGACAAUCUGUUGUCAGUUCUGGGACUUCUACGGGUUUCACCGCGUUAGUUCAGUCAUCUAUACUGGCAUCAACCAGUGGCUUUGAAACCUCGCCUCCUUUCAGUGAAAUCACCACUCCUUCGAUUGCCACUAGCACCAUAUUGAUUGCAUCAUCUGCUUCGGGAUCAGUUGGAGGCAUUGAAACUUCCUCACCUCUAUUCACCGACGCAGUUAUCACUCCAUCUAGUUUUAGCACCGAAAUCAUUAGUACUUCUGAAUUUAUCAGUUCAUCGCUAUUACCAGAAGCUACCAGUACAAUAUUUGAAACCUCCGGAUUACCACUAAGCACCAUUACAAUAGUUCAAUCGUCAUCUGAGGUGAUUGGUAUUGAAACAACAUCAGCUUCGGGUUCCUUGGCACCUACCACUUCUUCCCCUUUGAAUGAAUUAUCCACAAGCUUGAGCCUUUUGCCUACCGAGUCGGAAACUGUUUCGAGGGCAACUUUAAGUAUAGAAACAAGUUCUGAGGCUGGAUCUUCAACCGUUAUUCUUUCACUUGCUUCAAGCAUUGCCAUAUCGACAAUUGAUGUCAGUUCUUUGCCUACCAAAUCAAGUCUAACUUCAAGUGCCCUAGGAUUUGAACCUAGCACUGUGAUAGUCAUAACCUCGACCACUGAAUCUGUAUCAACGGCUCCAAUUGUUGGGAGCUUAGGAUCUGGUACUUCAUUUGGAGCAUCAGAAACAUCGAGCAAUACUCUAUUGUCUUCACCUAUCCCGGAAACUCGUAGUGCCACAAGUGAAUUCUCGGCCUUACCAGCUGAAGCUUCUCUAAGUCUGAGUGGCUCCAAUAUUAUAACAAGUCUAGCUUCAGAGCCAACUUUUGUGACUGGUGCAUCUAGCACUGAGAUCCAAUCUACUUUGGGUGCCGAGACAUCCGGAAGCAUUAGUGGAGUGUCUGAAUCUUUGAUUGAGACUUCUUCUGGUGUUUUGAGUAGUUCUGGUGCAAGCACGGUUGAGUCCACAAAUCCGACUGAGACUCUCGUUUCAUCCUUGAGUUCCCUGGCUGAGACACAAUUAUUCCCUACCACAAUACCUGGGUUAUCAGCACUUCCAUCAACUUUAGUUGGAAGCUUUACUCUCAUUGAAAGCUCUGGGAUUAUAUCGAUCCCUGCGGUUCAGUCUACAGGCUCUGUGAGUGAGACUCAGUCAGAAAUAGGUCUCAGUUCUACCACGUUCGAAUUAUUACCGAGUUCGGUUCAGACAUCUGGAUUUCUAUCGACCUCAUCAGGAAUUGAAAGUCUUCCAACAGCCCCAAGUACUCUGACUUCAGAAUUACCUUCAAGUACGACCGAGAGUUCUUUGGUUUCUUCAACUCAAUCUGCUGAGCUUUCUACAGCAGCCGCCAGCAGUGCCCUUUCUUCUGAAGUAUUAUCUGAGCAAUUAUCGUCAUCAUCUGUUGUCCCAGCGAUAUCAUCAUCUCUGUCAUCACAGCGUGAGAUUUCCUCUACCAUUGAAGAACUUUCCACUGUUGUUACAAUCAUUCCUUUCCCAUCCACACUCUCUGGACCUGAAAGUCCAUCUGAACUUGCUGCUAGUACAAGUUCCGUUGCAUUCCUCUCUGAAUCCUUAUCUGCUAGUUCAUCUCAGCUGCCAACAACAUCGAAUGAAGAGGUUUCUGCUAGCUCUACGGUAUUUGGAGUCAGCAGUACCACUGGUAGUAGCAUCCCCAUUCCUGGAAAUCUUGGCUCGGGCACUUCCCUCGAAUCCUCAGCUUCGGAAACGUCGAUACCAGCCUUUACAACCUCUUUGACAUCGAAUAUUGGUGCUGAAAGCUCGAGUCUACUGAUAAUUUCAAGCACGGUAAUUUUGACGGUAGAAACACAGACAUCUGAACCUAUUUUCACCUCUACCGCCUCUCUAGGGAGCACAUUGGUUUUGGAAACAUCCAUCGAAGGCUCAUCAUCGAUUGCCGAGCUUACUUCUAGUUUAGGUGGUGCUUUAACAAGUACCUUCGGGUCUCAAGUCAUAUCUUCGACAGAGUUGCUAUUGUCCCAACCAAGCUCUCCCCAAACAGCUCCCAGCUCUGAAGUAUCAAAUUUUAGCACGGAACAGACUAUUCCUGUCACAGGAAAUUCUGGAACCAUUUCGAGCACGCAGAUUGAGAUUUCUUCAAUUCCUGGUCUCAUUUCCAGCACUGGACUGGCAUCUUCGGGUAGCCAGGCAAUUUCUGAGAUUCCAUCAUCGACACAGGGUAUCUCAUCGCUGGAAACAUCAACCAAGUCAGCUGAAUCUUCGACAGGAAUUUCCAGCUCUCAAAUUUCUCAAGUUUCUUCAUCACUUCCAGGAGUUCUUCCUUCAAUAGUGAUAGCUGAACCUUCUCAGUCAGCUAUAUCUUCCAACUUGGCUGGAAUUGUAUCAUCCGAUAUCUUAAGCGCAAGCGCAACAAUCACAAGCCUUGAGACUACCGUCAUUUUGACUGUGAUUACGAAGUCUGCAUCUGAUUUCAUUCCUGAAUCCGCAUCAAUCAUUCUUUCAUCCACGGUUGAUAUUUUGGAUUCGAUCCUACCAAGUGUUUCAGCUUCGGCUUCAGCUUCAGCAUCUCAGAUAAAUUCAUUGUCACAAACAGAUUCGGUCCUCUCAAGCUCGGAAAUAGCCACAAUCUCGAGUUCUGAGUUCAAUCCAGAGAGCACAACUUCGUCGGCAAUAUUGAGUUUGUCGGGUCAAAUUCUAGGCACAUACCUUCCAAGUGCUUCUCAGACAAAUCUUGAAGAGGCUACAUUGUCAAGCAGUGUUCCUUCAAGCACCUUAUCACCAGAGUUCUCAUCUGCCAGUGGAUCUGGAACUAGUAUACCUCCCGUCAAUAAUUCAGUCUCUGGAAUUGCUAGUUCAAGUGGCACCUUUGAGACCACAUCACCAGCUUCUGAAUCACGAAUUCCGAGCACCGAGUCAAUAUCUGCAUCGCAGUCUGACGUCAGCUUUGUCACUUCAUCAUCCCAAAGCUUAACAACCGAGGUAUCAUCCACAGUAUCAAGCUCUGAACUCUCCAGUAGUACGAUUUUUAGUUCAAGUGACUUGCCUUCCUCCACAUCGUCUAGUGCAUCUGCAGGCGCCACAGCACCAUUCGCUUACAUGGGCUGUUCUACAAACACAACAGGCACUCUAGAUGGACCCACAACAUACUCAUCUGACAUGACUCCAGCUAUCUGCUCAACCAUCUGUUCUGAAUAUGAAUACUAUGCAGUUGAAAGUGGAGUUAAAUGUGUUUGUGGCAAUAAUAUUGAGUCUGGUGGUGUCUUGCCAGGCUCAAGCUGCAAUGCCACCUGCGGUGAUGGAGAUGGUACUUCUUCUUGUGCAUCGGAAUCUGCUUCUCCUAGCGCCACUGCCUCCACAUUGAUAACACUACUAAGGCCUAGGAAACUUGCAGCUACGGGGAGGUACUUUAGGAGGUGGUAA